AUGCGCAACGCGUUGCGCAUCGGGGAAAAAACCACGCCACCCCCUCCCGGCGGGCCGCGCUGCGGUCCGAUCGUCCCGCGCGGCUCAGGCCUUUCGCCUUCCUGCGAUCAACUGGGGCGUUCAAAUCCCAACUUCCACACUCUUCAAUCUUUACUCAACCAGGAAGGAAUGCAGUUGAAUAUUGCCGAGAUUAGGGAACUAACCGGGAUCCUGGCAACUCACAGAAACAGAGACCGUCACACCUUCUGGACCACUGUCUUCGACAUCGCAAGUUUCCCGCUCUUCAUAGUUCCUGGCAUCUCACAAGUCCAGCCGAGCGGAAAGAGCACUCAGAAGCGUUCCGAGGCUCGGCGGAAGCUGGCUCAGACGCAAUAUGACCCUGCGUCAAGACCUGCUCGAGUGAAGCAGGCUGCUCAGCCUGCACCAGCUCGUUACCCCCUUCCGGCGCCCUGUCCCCGAAAUGGAACACAGUACGUUGCACCUCAGAAUCAGCCGGCUGCUGCUUGGGAAUUGGCAUCACAGCCACAUGAGGCUAGGAGCACCACGAUCAACAUUUUCUUGCAAACGCUCACAGCGUACGACUUGCAGCAUGAUAUCAGCCGAUGUGGGGGUGUUCUGCUAUCAGCGCAUCAAGCAUCAUACGGCGGAGGGAGCGAGACCCUGUCUGAGAUUGCCCAGAGGUGCAUCCGUACGGCAAACUCGACUGCAGUCUUCCACCUCCACUUUAUCGUUGCGCUCAUGACACUCAGCUUCAAGUGUGCAAGUCUGUCUAACUGGAAAGAAUCCGUCAAUCUCGCUGCCCUACACAGAGAACACCUGAGCCAAGAUGUCAACUCACCAUCUGUGCGAACUCUGCAGUACUGGUACGCCGGUGGUAGCAAGCUCAUAUCGCUUGCCGCAGGAGGAUCAUUCUACAUGCUGCUCUGGCUGGCCUACACUGAUCUACGAACGCCAUUCAUUGAGGCAGACGGCAAUAUAGCGUACGAUCUCGCAAAUAUACUUCGUAACCCGAAUAGCGAGAGCUCUGCAGGACGACUUGUCCAGAGCACCAUCAUACCAACGCUGGCGUUUCUCAGCCAACAAUGCCCCGUCAAACUCGGUGAAUUUUUCUCGACGAAUUUGCUCUCAGAGCUGGCGAUCUCUGCAGAGACCCUGUGCAGCGAUCUGAGCACAUCUGAUCGUCUCUUCGACGCUCUGCCCUCAAA